GCCGGAGCUUCCGGCUGUGUCGGAAGUGCAGGGCGUCGGGCUGCCGGGUCGUGGGGCCGCGUCAGGGCGGAGAUUCGGUGUCCGGCGUCUCCCGGUCUGUCGCGGGCGCCGUGUGGUUGGGAACGGGCGGGCUGUAGCGCAGGGCCCGGUUGGCAUUGGGGGUCGGCGGGCACGGCGGCGGCAGGACAGCUUAUUGCAGGAGCGACUGGGACAUCACCUUCUAGAAGUAAUGCCCACAGAAAGCGGGAGUUGCUCCACUGCUCGCCAAGCAAAACAGAAACGCAAAUCUCACAGCCUUUCUAUACGAAGAACUAACAGCUCGGAGCAAGAGAGGACGGGUCUGCCAAGAGAAAUGUUAGAAGGACAGGAUUCUAAGCUGCCUUCCUCGGUUCGCAGUACACUUCUGGAACUGUUUGGUCAAAUAGAAAGAGAGUUUGAAAACCUUUAUAUUGAAAACUUAGAAUUGCGUAGGGAAAUCGAGACUCUUAACGAACGUUUAGCUGCUGAAGGACAAGCGAUCGAUGGGGCGGAACUGAGUAAGGGCCAGCUCAAAACGAAAGCCAGCCACAGCACCAGCCAGCUUUCACAGAAGCUGAAGACCACUUACAAGGCCUCCACCAGCAAGAUCGUCUCCAGCUUCAAGACCACCACGUCGAGGGCCGUGUGCCAGCUUGUGAAGGAAUACAUUGGCCACAGGGAUGGUAUCUGGGACGUCAGUGUGGCGAGGACACAGCCCGUGGUGCUGGGUACCGCGUCUGCUGAUCACACGGCUCUGCUGUGGAGUAUAGAGACGGGGAGGUGCCUCGUCAAGUACUCGGGCCACGUGGGGUCAGUAAAUUCUAUAAAGUUUCAUCCAUCAGAGCAGUUGGCUCUUACUGCUUCUGGAGAUCAGACUGCCCACAUUUGGAGUUAUGCCGUUCAGCUGCCGACACCCCAGCCCAUUGCCGACACUACUAUCUGUGGCGAAGACGAAGUAGAGUGUUCUGAUAAAGAUGAGCCUGAUGUGGACGCAGACGUGUCCAGUGACUGUCCUACCAUCCGGGUGCCACUGACAUCUCUUAAGAGCCACCAGGGAGUGGUCAUAGCUGCUGACUGGCUGGUUGGGGGGAAGCAGGCGGUGACGGCCUCCUGGGACAGAACGGCAAAUCUAUUCGACGUGGAGACGGCAGAACUGGUGCACUCUCUGACAGGGCAUGACCAGGAGCUAACGCACUGUUGCACACACCCCACCCAGCGGCUUGUGGUGACCUCCUCCCGGGACACGACUUUCCGUCUUUGGGAUUUCAGGGACCCUUCCAUCCACUCCGUGAAUGUCUUCCAGGGCCAUACGGACACCGUGACCUCUGCUGUGUUCACCGUGGGAGAUAAUGUUGUUUCGGGCAGUGAUGACCGCACCGUGAAGGUCUGGGACUUAAGGAACAUGAGAUCCCCCAUUGCGACGAUCCGCACAGACUCCGCCAUCAACAGGAUCAAUGUAUGCGUUGGCCAAAAAAUUAUUGCCCUCCCGCAUGACAACCGACAAGUGAGAUUGUUCGACAUGUCAGGUGUGAGGCUAGCACGACUCCCCCGGAGCAGCCGGCAGGGCCACAGAAGAAUGGUGUGCUGCUCGGCGUGGAGUGAGGACCACCCCAUGUGCAAUCUGUUCACCUGCGGGUUUGACAGGCAAGCCAUUGGCUGGAACAUCAACAUCCCUGCAUUGUUACAAGAGAAAUAAGGUCGCCGGCGUCCUUAGCUGCGUAGUUCACCAUGGACCUAUGGACUGGAGUCGCUUUUCUCCUACUCAUCAAGCCCUUUUUGUGAGAGUUGCACCCUGGAAAGGGUGGUUUGUAUGUUCUUUUCUCAUUGUGCCGAGCUUGCAUGAAAUGUACAGCAAAAUGUAUGGUCACAUGUCUUAUUUUCAUCUUGUGUGUGUGUUGGCACCCUCUGGUCAGUGGACAUGAAGCCCCCUUCCCUGUAGCACGUUGUGUGUUGUGAGUUCCUGGCGUUCGACAGAUGACAGGAGGGCAUUACGUUUGCGGAGUUCAGUGUGAACCCGUGUACUUACUGUGAGGCAUAAGCAGUCUGUGGCAUUUCUGGAAUCAUCUUACACAUCUACCUUGUCCCGGGAAGGUCAUGGAGCUGCAUCUGCGUUGGCUGGCGAUUGGCAGGUGUGAUGAGAGAUUUCAUGUUUACUUCCGUCUG